CCUCCAGCCUCAUCUGCGCUCCCCUCCUCCGCCUCUGUCCAGACACAAACACUGCCGCAGCACACGGGGGAACGGACGGACGGACAAGGACGAUCCACUGAGCAGUCUUCGGGGAAAUAAGGGAAUAUAGCAGUGAAAGAUGGUGAAACUGGGGAGUAAUCUUCAAGACAAAGGGGCCAAACCUGUGAGCGUGGAGGAUGGCUUUCAGAAUGUGCCCCUCAUCACUCCGCUGGAUGUUGGCAGCCUCCAGAGCCAAGCACCUGACAAGGUGGUGGUAAAAACUCGCACUGAGUACCAGACAGAGAAGAAGAGGCUGAAGGUUCCCAAGGUGGAGGAAUUCACCAUCAGCUUUACUGAUGGGGUGUCUGAGAGACUUAAGGUGACGAUUCUGAUCAUCCUGGCCCUGGCCUUCCUCGCCUGCAUCGUGUUCCUGGUGGUUUAUAAAGCCUUUACCUACGACCACGCCUGCCCGGAUGGAUUUAUUUAUAAGCACAAGCGGUGUAUCCCAGCCUCUCUGGAGGCCUACUACGCUGCCCAGGACGCCAACUCGAGGGGCCGCUUCUACACGGUGAUCAGCCACUACAGCAUGGCCAAGCAGACCACCUCGCACUCUGUCUCCCCCUGGCUUCCCGGAGGGGCGGGGGGGCAGCAGCACGACGCUAAACCCCCGAGCAGCGAGGGCCACUGAGUUAGCUGAACGGUUAAAGGAUGUUGUAAACACACACUAGACACGUGCAGACAUGAAGAAACACAUACAGACACAGGCAGGCAUAGACGCAGACG